GGUGUCGGGAGCAGGUGAAUAUUCUCCUCGCUCGAGAAAGCGUGAACUUGACCCCUCCCAUCUAUCGAUAAAAGAGACGCACAGAGAACGACCUGAUACAUUAAUGGAGGGGAGGGAGGAACCUUGACAUGUCAUCGCCGGCACCUUGAAAACAAAAACUCCAUUCGUCGUCUCUGAGAUUAUUCUCCACAGAAGACUCAUCCAAACCCUUCCCUCACGAAUUCCCUUCAAAACCUUACCUCACGAAUUCCCUUCAAUUUUUGUACCCCACACAAGACUUAUCCAAAUCGCACUGUAUCCAACUCAAGUCGCCUUUUCAGCUCCUUUGGAAGUCAAAAAGGCCUCCGUUUUCCUGUUUUGUUUUCACGCGGUUUUCCAUUCUCAUAACCCGUGAGCGCAUUUAAGAUCCCCAUCUCUACAAAAUUCCCACUGGUUUUGUUCGCAGUUUGGCUUUUGUUUGAGCUGUUGCGCUGUUUUCCGAGUCGACUCGGUGUUCGGACUCGCGCGCAUGAUCCGAGUUCUGGAGGGAGAGACCUAGGUUUUUGUUUCGUGUUUGUUGAGGCUGAGGGUUGCGAUGAUCGAGAUUUGGAGGUUUACAGAGCGUCGGUCUGCGAUUUUUCUACUCGUCGGGUGUGUGCUGUAUCAGAAUUUGAGCUCGUGUUGGUCUUUAAACGAGGAAGGUUUGGCUUUGUCGAAUUGGAAUGAUGGCUUCCGAAUACUGGAUCCGUGUUCGUGGUUUGGCUUGGAUUGUUGGAAUACAAAUGUUUUGGUCUUGAACAAUGCUAAAACUGGCAGUUCUGCUCCUCGGAAGCUUCUAGAUAAGCAUGCUCCAGUUCCACCAAAAGCAGCUUAUGCUACGUUGUCAUCACCUUCUUCAUCUCCAUCUCCAUCACCAUCUCCCAAAUCUAGGGCUUCAUCAUCUUCUCCAUCGCCAUCGCCAAGAUCAGACGCUCCAUAUUCUUCCCCUUCCCCAUCUCCCACACCCUCCACUGCCCCUACUCCUGAUGCUUCUUCGCAUUCCUUCGACAGUCCAACGACUCCGAUGCCUUCGUCGACUGCAGAAAACACCAGUGAAAGUUCCAACUCAAACAGUCAUCGAGCUCUAAUAAUAUGUGCAGCCACAGUGGGUCCUAUGCUGCUUUUUUCUUUGGUCAUUGGCAUAUUCUUUUGUCGAGGCAACAAGAUAGUUGCAGUCAGACCCUGGGCCACAGGAUUAAGUGGACAGCUGCAGAAAGCAUUUGUAACUGGUGUGCCAAAGCUCAAGAGAGCAGAGCUUGAAGCAGCUUGUGAAGAUUUCAGUAACGUGAUUGGUUCUUCACCAAUUGGAACAGUAUACAAAGGGACUUUGUCUAGUGGGGUUGAAAUUGCUGUUACCUCAAUUGCUGUGACAUCUGCCAAGGAGUGGUCAACUAAUCUGGAAGCUCAAUUCAGGGACAAGAUCAACUCAUUAUCAAAAGUGAAUCACAAGAAUUUUAUGAAUCUUCUUGGCUAUUGUGAGGAGGAUGAGCCUUUCACCAGAAUGUUGGUCUUUGAGUAUGCUCCAAACGGGACACUCUUUGAGCAUUUACACAUAAAAGAAGCAGAACACUUGGAGUGGGGGAUGCGGAUGAGGAUUACAAUGGGCAUAGCAUACUGCCUUGAUCACAUGCACCAACUCAAACGACCAAUCGCCCACAAAAACCUCCACUCUUCAUCUGUCAAUCUAACCGAAGAUUACGCAUCAAAGGUGUCAGAUUUUGUUUUGUUGGACAAAGUAGCUGCCGCUGAGAUGGACUCACAUCCAGAAAGCAAUGUAUAUAGUUUUGGUGUCGUUUUGUUUGAAAUAGUUACCGGUAGACUUCACAGUGGGUCAAUUGAGGACUGGGCGUCGGAUUACUUGAGAGGGGACCGUUCCCUUAGAGACAUGGUGGAUCCAACUUUAAAAUCUUUCCAAGAGGAGCAGAUUGAACAAAUAGAUGAAGUGAUUAAAUCCUGUGUCAACCCUAACCCUAAGCGAAGGCCACAAAUGAAAGAUGUCACUGCAAGGUUGAGAGAGAUAACAUCUAUAGGACCCGAUGGGGCUGUCCCUAAACUCUCUCCUCUUUGGUGGGCAGAGCUUGAGAUUCUGUCUGUAGAAGGAAGUUGAUAGAUCAAGUUGAGCCUGCGAUUCCGCACUUAUUAUUAGUUUUUGUGUGUUCUUCUUGUGAGCCAAAAAGGCAACUUUCCAUGUAUACAAGUAUACAACAGAGGUAAAAACAAGGUUGAAUCUUUAUUGCUGUGUUCUUUUGUUUGUUUUGUUCAUUUGUAAGCUGUUAAAAUGCAGAUGUAAAGCAAAUGUAAAUGUCAACUUAUUGAAGUAUCAAGUUUUUCAAUCUUUUCCA